AUGAGGAGGCUGACGCCGGCGCACCGCCUCCGGUGGAUGCGCGCGCUGCUCCUCGCGCUCCCGCUCGUCUCGCUCCCCAUCCUCUACGCGGCGCUCGGCACGGCGCGCUCGUCGUCGUCCUCGUCCUCGGCGCCGCGGCUACCGCAGCAGCAGCAGCAGCGGAGGGCGCCGCCGAGGCUGGCGUACCUCAUCACGGGCGCGGGCCCCGGGGACGGCCCGCGGAUCCGGAGGCUGCUGCGGGCGCUCUACCACCCGUGGAACUACUACCUCGUCGGCGUGGCGGGGGAGGACGAGCGCGCGGAUCUCGAGGCCUUCGUGCGCGGCCAGGAGGCGCCGCGCCGGUACGGCAACGUCCGGGUGGCGGCCGCGGUGGAGUGGGGCGCCGUCUCGCGGAGGGGCCCCACCGAAUUGGGCGCCACGCUCCACGCCGCAGCUGUGCUGCUCCGGGAGUUCGACGGCUGGAGCUGGUUCAUCAACCUCAGCGCCUCCGAUUACCCGCUCAUGCCCCAAGAUGACAUCCUUCAUAUCUUCUCAUACAUGCCAAGAGACCUCAAUUUCAUUGAGCACACAAGCAAUAUUGGUUGGAAAGAGCACCAAAGAGCCCGACCAAUUAUUGUAGAUCCAGCAUUGCAGGUCCCAAAUAAAACUGAGGUUGUAACAACAAAGGAGAAAAGGAGUAUGCCCUCAGCUUUCAAAAUAUUUGUAGGUUCGUCUUGGGUGAUGCUUAGUCGAUCAUUCCUGGAGUUUUGCUUAUUGGGAUGGGACAACCUUCCUCGCACACUACUGAUGUAUUUCACCAACUUCCUCUCAUCCUCAGAAGGCUACUUCCACACAGUGAUCUGCAACUCAGAGUACUACCAGAACACCACUGUCAACAGUGAUCUGCGUUUCAUGGCUUGGGAUAACCCCCCUCGGACGCACCCUGUUAACCUCACAACAGAGCAUUUUGAUGCAAUGGCAAACAGCGGGGCGCCAUUUGCACACUCCUUUGCCAAUGAUAAUUCAGUCCUGGAUAUGAUUGACGCCAAGUUGUUGGGCCGAGCACCUGACCGCUUCACCCCGGGUGGAUGGUGCUUGGGUAGCUCAGUAGGCGGGAAAGAUCCGUGUACCUUCUUGGGAAGGUCCUUUAUUCUCAGGCCGACCAAAGGCUCGGCUAAGCUAGAGAAGAAGUUGUUGUUGAAACUUUUGGAACCUGAUAACUUCAGGCCUAAACAGUGUAAAUAA